GCGGGCAGUGCCGUAUGAUUCUCCCGGGCAGGUUCACUCCUCCUUCGUCUUCUGCGCGAUGAGGCUCCGUUUGGCCGGGGCCGUGCUGCUGGCGGCGGCCGCCUACUACGUGUACCUGCCGCUACCGAGCGGCGUGAGCGAGCCGUGGAAGCUGAUGCUGCUGGACGCGCUGUUCCGGAGCUUCAUGCGGGCGAGCGACGCGGCCCACACCCUGGGCGUGUGCCACCGUGUUCACCUGCUGAACCGGGUGGUGUCCUGGGUGGAGGUGAUCGAGGCUCGCUCCAGUCCCACCGUCAACGUGACCGACUCCACCCUGGGAGGCGUCCCCACCCGCGUGUUUCAGCCAAACGGAGAAAGCAGGCUGAGAAGAGGAGUCAUCUAUUUCCAUGGAGGAGGCUGGGCGCUCGCUAGUGGCAAGAUGCGCUCCUAUGACCUUCUCUGUCGGAAAAUGGCGGAAGAUCUGGACGCUGUCAUAAUGUCUGUGGAUUACCGCCUUGCUCCCGAGGCCGUGUUUCCAGAUCAGUACCACGACGCCGUGGCAGCGUCGCGGGUCUUCCUGUCCGCUGAACUCUUGCAGCAGUACGGCAUCGAUCCGGAGCGGCUCUGCGUGUCUGGAGACAGCGCUGGAGGAAACCUGGCUGCUGCUGUGGCGCAGGAGCUCAGCCUGGAUAACUCUCUGCAGGUGAAAUUCAAAGCCCAGGCGCUGAUCUACCCAGUGCUGCAGGCUCUCGACUUCCACACGCCGUCGUACCAGCAGAACCAGGCUGUGCCCAUCCUCUACAGGCCUUACAUGGCCCGCUUCUGGCUGCAGUACCUGGGCGCCGACUCCUCCCUGGAGCCCGUCCUACUGGUGAACAACCACAGCGCUCUGGAUGAGCGGGCCAUCAGCGCCGCCACCCGCUCCAACCUGAACUGGACCGCUCUGCUGCCGGCCGAGCGCAAGAAGAACUUCAAGCCGGUCGUUAAGGAGAAGGGAUCGCCAGGCGUGGUGGGCGCGGUGCCGGGGCUGAUAGACGUGAGGGCGGCGCCGCUGCUGGCGGAGCAGGAGGUUCUGGGUAAAACACCCAAAGCAUAUGUGAUGACGUGCGAGUUUGACGUUUUGCGGGACGAUGGACUGAUGUACGGCAGGCGGCUGCGGGACGCUGGCGUUGAGGUGACGAGUGACCACUACGAGGACGGUUUCCAUGGCUGCAUGGUGUUUGCGAACCUGCCAAUGAUGUCGAGUGUUGGACAAAGAAGUAUGAGGAACUACAUUCGCUGGCUGGACCAGAACCUAUGAGCAGGACUCCACACAUAUGGAAGCUCUUAGUUGAAUUUUAAAAAAUUGUUGUAAAGAAAACCCAAAACAAAAGCAGCAGUGUAAAUAUCUUCACACUGCAAAAAAAACAAUUAUCAGGUAUUUUUGGUCUAGUUUCUAGUGCAAAUUUCUUAUUGCACACUAAAUAAGAUAACACUAACUUGAGAGUAACUUUUCAGCAGGAAAUAGGAGCUGGUUUAAGUCAAUAAUUCCUUGAAAAAGUCCUUGUUUCAUUGGCAGAUAAAGUGAAAUAUUAGAACUAGAACCUUUUCAACAAUAUUUAUAUCUUGCUGGAAGGUUAUCUUUAGCUUAGUUUUGUCUUAUUAAGUGAACUAAUGUAUUUAACUAGAAACGAGACCAAAAAUACUUGGUCAGAUUUUGUGUUUUUGCAGUGUAAACAGACAUGAUGAUCUGAUUUACUGCUUCAGAAAUGCUUUAAAAAAACUCACUGGAUCUGAAUAUUUUAUUGAAAAUAGAGAAAAAAAGAUAUUUAUGAAAAGCAAAUAUUAUUAUGGGGGGCAUUCUGAGGGGGGAAAUAUAUUUAUGGCUUAUUUAAAAAGCCAUAAAUAUAAGCAAAAGUCUCACAUCGCAGAUCAGAUGAGGCGACUGACAGGGAGAACCCCUCACCUGGACGAAUCAGUGUGGCCGGCUCUGAGCCGAAACCCACCUUCAACCUCAACACCUGCUCCACCAAAAAAAAAAAAAAACAAACAGCUGCAACCAAAACGGUUCCACCGACCCCGCUCCCAAGGACAGAGCGACCAGCCCGGGCCUCCAAACAUUCAGACUCUGUGGGAAUCCCACUGAAAAACAGAUUUUCUGUACUCCAGCCUGAGCCUCUGAGUGAAACCUCGCUUUCAAACAUCAACAAUGAGGCAAGUCUAACACAUCCACCCCCCAAAGCCCCAAAGGGCAAAGCGGCUACCAGGAAAACGAAAGGUAUCCCAAAAGUGCUUAUUGUUGGAGAUGAGGCAUUAAAUGGAAUCAGUCACGUUUGUAAUCCCAAGAAAACGAGAGUGAUUUCUUUUCCUGGUGACACUGUAUCUGAUUUAACUCGUAAAGUUCUUUCGCUGACCGCUGAUCAGCCAGAUAUUGAGUCUUUAGUUGUGCAUGUUGGAGCCAACGAUGUGGCAAAGCAGAAAUCUGAGAUUCUGAAAAAGGACUAUAAUAUUCUUCUGAACACUAUGGGAAAGUUAAAAAUGAAGUUAUUUCUCAGUGGUCCAAUUCCAUCACCUCAAUGGGGAGACAAAAAACACUCCAGGCUGGACAUGAUAAACAAAUGGCUGAUUAAAAGCUGCUCUGCCAGCUCAGUGACCUUCAUCGAUAACCUCUGGAUCUAUUGGCAGCGCUUUCACGUUUUUGGAAGAAGCGGACACAAUCUUAAUAAACAUGGGAUAAAGCUGCUCACUGCAAAUCUUUUCAUUUUAUCAACAAGGACAGCAACGUGAUCAUCGCUUCAGAAGAACAGGCUCAAGGAUUUCUGACUAGGAAGGAACCCUCCGCUUAUCAGGAACAAACAGUUUCAAAAGCAGCUGAUAUAACAUCGACUGGAGGCGGAGCGACUGGUUCCCUUCCUCCUUCUCCCCUCCCUCUCUGCUCACCCACUCAUUCACAGGAUUCACAAGAUACACAUGGAGAAAUGUCUUCUGGACCGGAGUUUCUUAAAUUUACAGAUGGAAUGAAUCAACAGGUUGUACUUGGGACGUCACUCCUUAGCACUCACGUAGCAGACCUCACUUCAUUUAAGCCACCUGACUCUAACGUCCCAGAGGAUCCAUCACUCUGCGUUUCUGAGGUCUGAG